AUGAGCGUCCGCGUGCUUGCCCGUAUACGACCCCUGCUCAAGGACGAGCGCGACAAGGACACCAUUGUUACUGCCGAGAGCGCUUCUGGAGACGAGAACUCGCUGCCGAACCUCAUCCGAAUUCCCAAUCCGAAGAACGAGGCCGAGUCCUUCAGUUUUCAGUUCCAGGGCGUCUAUGACCGCGCCACCACCCAGCAAGAGCUGUUUGACAAGGAGGUCUCGCCCACCGUCAAGCACAUCUUCAACGGCUUCGAUGUCACGAUAUUCGCCUACGGCGUCACUGGCACCGGCAAGACCCACACCAUGCGUGGCGGCAAAUCCUUGGCCGACCGCGGAGUCAUCCCUCGCCUCCUCAGUUCCAUAUACCGCCGCUGUAGGAAGCUAGAAAAGGAUGGAGGAACCCAGGUCGAAGUGGCGCUGAGCUAUUAUGAAAUCUACAACGACCGUGUAUACGACCUUUUCGAGCCCCCGGAAAAGCGCACCCCAGCUGGCUUGCCAAUUCGGGACAACCAUGGGAAAACCGUAGUCGUUGGUCUCACCGAGAGGCCCUGCACCACCUUGAAAGAUUUUGAGAAGCUCUACGAUGAGGCCAAUCUGAACCGAUCCACGUCUGCAACCAAGCUCAAUGCUCACUCGUCCCGAUCGCACGCUAUACUAUGUGUGCAAGUCACGCAAACAACGCCAACCCAUACCCGCGUCUCCAAAGUCUCCUGUAUCGACCUUGCUGGAUCUGAGGACAACCGGAGAACAGAUAACAACCGGGAACGUUUGGUCGAGUCUUCCGCAAUCAACAAGUCUCUGUUCGUGCUGGCCCAGUGUGUUGAGGCCAUCAGCAAGAAGCACUCCAGGAUACCGUACAGGGAGUCCAAGAUGACCCGCAUUCUAUCUUUGGGCCAGAACAACGGCCUCACUCUCAUGGUUCUAAACCUCGCGCCAGUGCGCUCAUACCACCUUGAUACCCUUAGCUCGCUCAACUUCGCCAAUCGGACCAAGAAGAUUGAAGUCGCCGAAGUCGAAAACGAAGCUGUCCUGCGCGGACCACCCAAGACGACGUCUAGCAUCUCUGGCACGAGUCUGCAGCAGCGCCAGCCACUCCGAGCAUUAGCAGCCGCUACGAAUGUAAACAUUUCACACAACCACGCGCAGCAGAAGAAGAUUGACAAGCCAGCCAAGGCUUUCUCUGUAUACUCGGACAAACAUAAGACCGCGAAGCCAGCAUCGACAACCCGCCCAGAUCCUCUGAAGCGCGGCAUCACCCAUUCCACGCUUGGGUCGAAGGUUACCAAGCCCGCUAGGCCAGUGCACAGCUCAGGCUACGGCAAGCCAACGCCUUUGCCGACCAGUCUCUCGCAGGAAGCAAUCGAAGCGCUCAUUGAACGUCGGUUAGAGGAGAAGUUGGCGGAGCGUGCUCUAAACGAAUCCUCCACUAUUCAGACCCAGGAUGUCAGUGAAGCAGUGAGACAGCGGUUGGAGGCUUUGGAAGAGCGCGUCGGCAAAACAGAAGAUGGCCGGGCGGAAGGUCUGCACUUCCUUCUCAUGGCCAAGCAACAUCACGUUCGUGGAGAAGACGUCUCUGCGCUCAAAAUGUACCAGCUGGCUCUGCCGCAUUUCCCGGAAAACGAGAAGCUCAGCCAGAAGAUCGUCAAUCUACAGGAGAGAAUUCGAUUGAAGAAGGAAGCCGCGAACGCUUCGGCUCCAUCCGAGCCAGCCUCCGAAUCCGUAGAGCCGAGCCAUAUGCCUGCCCCCACCCGUCCUUCCGCCUUAGCGAAGCAGCCUCUUAGGAGGCCAGAACCGGAAUUCAUCUCUGCGCCAAAAGAGCGACCAUCCGCCGCACCUACUCGUCCUGUCGCCCGGAAGCUCUCGAGCAGGAAGGAGAAGACCGCCUCCCGAAAUACACGCAACGAUGACCACGACGCCUCUGAGGCCAAAUUAGACGGCCAUGACGACUCGUUUGUCCCCGACGAUGACGGCGCGGCCUCGGACUUCCAUGAGGAGGAAGACAGCUUCGUCUACAAGCCCAAAGCCAAAGCGCCCAAGAAGCCGAAGAUGAAGAUCUUCCGCGACAACAGCGGCCUCGACAUGUCUUCUUCGACAGCGACGGGCGGCGCUAGCCUGACACCCCGCACCCAGCGCCUGCUCGACAUCAUCAACACGCGCGAGGUGUCGCAGAUCCGACUGCUGAAGGGCGUCGGCGCCAAGAAGGCCGAAGCCAUUGUCAACUCGCUGUGCGAGAUGGACGGUCGUGGUGCCGACGACUGGCUGAUCACGGAUCUCGAGCAGCUGGGCGGCCUGAAGGGCGUCGGCCUCAAGUCAGUCGAGAACAUGAGGGCCGGGUUGGCUUGUUAG